ACAAAGAAGACACCACAAUGACUGAUCCAACCACAUCUUCUCUAUUUAUAGACUUUGGCUCGAUUUAUGAAGAGCUCAACUUUACUUAUAAUGACUCGGAGUUUAUUAUAAAUCCUGAGACCCAACCCUGCAACCCCUUCUCUGCCCCUGAUGGUGUGAUGGUUGUCGUCAGCGUGUUUUAUGUCAUCAUCUUUCUGUUGGCCAUUCCUGGAAAUCUGGUGGUGGGGCUGGUGAUUUGCCUGAGCAAGCAGUCGCUGCCUCCCUCUGACCUCUACCUCCUCCACCUGGCGAUUGCAGACCUCCUGCUGGCCAUCACUCUCCCGUUCUGGGCCACGUCUGUGACAAAGGGUUGGGUGUUUGGAGACGCCAUGUGCAAAAUUGUCACCGUCCUCCAAGAGCUAAGCUUUUACUCAAGCAUCCUCUUCCUGACGUGCAUCAGUAUGGACCGUUACAUGGUGAUUGUGAGAGCUAUGGAGGCUCGCAGGGCUAACAGACAGUUAGUCAGCUGGGGAGUUUGUGCUACUGUCUGGGCUGUUGGAGUGCUUCUGUCUCUGCCAGGGCUUUUUAAUUCUGCUUCCCAAUCUCAAAACUCUAGUCAGAUAGCAUGUGCUGAACUGUACGAUCCCGGCAGUGCUGACGUGUGGCGGCUGGCCACCAGGAUUCUUCGCCACGCUUUGGGUUUUUUUAUCCCCUUGGCCAUCAUGCUGCCCUGUUAUGGAGUAACCAUCCAGCGCCUCCUUCACAUCCGUGGGGGGUUUCAGCGGCAACGAGCCAUGAGGGUGAUUGUCUGCGUGGUUGUCGCCUUCCUGCUUUGUUGGACUCCGUACCACAUUGCAGUGAUGGCAGAUACAUUCUUCAGGGCAAAGAUAGUGCCGUACGGGUGCCCAGCAAGGAUGGCAGUUGAUCAGGCCAUGUUUGCUACUCAGAGUCUGGGCCUGCUUCACAGCUGUGUCAACCCAGUGCUGUAUGCCUUUGUUGGAGAGAAGUUUAGGAAGAAUCUGUUGCAGAAAUUGAGGAAGAUGGGCAUCCUGGAGAGAGCAUCUGUGUCAAGAACCAGCAGGUCUUCAAUGUCAUCAGAAAUCACAUCUACAGUCAUGUGAGACGACCAGAGAGACACUUUGAAAUAUUCACAUAAAUUAAUCACAUCAGUGUAUUUACUGCACGAUCUCAUGUGCUGGACAACAGAGUACUAGUUUUGAUACUUAACUGCAUUUUUAUUGCAACAUUGUGGGACUUUUCAAUAUUUUUUUGGUCUUUUUUUUUUUUUUUUUUAACAAAAUUUGCCAAGCGUGGCCUUGGACAUUUAAUCAAAUUUGUAAAUAUUUUUUCAUUCUUUUGUCUAUUUUUUUUUAUCAUCAUAUUUAACUUGUUUUUGGCUUAAGCUCAGUAUUAACCAGAGAAAUGUUCUUUAAAGUUAAGCUGUAAACAUUGUCGAUGUUGUUCUGGUUACCCACUCAAAUCUCCCUAUUUCUUUAGUCAUGUAUAGUUAAGAGGAAACUGUGAAAAACAUGUUUGUUAAGUUUCGAUUUGAAGUGUCACUAUAUUUCAACACAGUAAUACUACGUAACAACAAUAAAACAAAGCAUCCUGGGAUGAACACUUUGAGAUGCAGCUGAAAGCUCAGGAAAACAAGCUUAAAUUGAUUCUUUAGUUAAGACAGUGUAGAUGAUUUUUUUUUCUCUAAGUGAGUAGAGAGGGUGAGUCAUCAAAAAUGAUUUUCUACAUUAUUCAAAUUUCCAAAUCAAUAUCACUGUCUUAUGAGAGAGCAUUUUACUCAAGGUUUUACUGCGCCAAUUGCAGCAGCACCAUAAAACUAUCCUGUACAAUGCUGUAAAACUCCAUUUAUGUUUUUAUAGUAAUGUAUUCAAUUUUUUGUAGGUAAGACUGUUUGAGUGUUAUGUAUAUUUAGGUGAAGACAGCUGGUUUUUAUUCACAUGGCAAACAAUUUGCAGUCUGUAC